UCGGUCUCUGCAUGAAUUCAGAAGCUGUCCAAUAACACAUUGAAGGAAUAACCGUCUGAUCUAACCAUGGGAGUUGCAAACUCAAGAGACUAUCAACCCACAAUUACUGUUGUGCUGAAAAGACGCAAUGAGCCUCUAAAAAAGGACAAACCUAAAUGGAAAUGUGACUAUCAGAUGACAGAAGGCCAACUGCGCAAUAAAAGAGAUGAAUUCUGGGACACGGCACCUGCCUUUGACGGUCGUCAAGAGAUAUGGGAUGCAUUGAAAGCCGCAACAGUAGCGGUUGAGUGUAAUGAUCAUGAUCUUGCACAAGCUAUUGUAGAUGGAGCCAGCAUCACUUUGCCUCAUGGAUCUCUUAUGGAGUGCUAUGAUGAACUGGGAAACCGCUAUCAGCUUCCUGCAUACUGCUUGGCUCCACCGGUCAAUCUCAUCUCUGAGAGCAAAGAUCCUGUGUCUCAUCACUCAGAUCUACAGGAAAAGAAAGAAAAUGAGUUUCAGCUGAAGGUCCGUCUGUCCACCGGCAAAGACCUCCACCUUAGUGCCAGCAUGGCCGACUCCAUCCGGCAGCUGAAGAAACAGCUUCAGCUUCAGGAAGAAAUUGAUGCCACCUGCCAGCGCUGGUUUUUCUCUGGCAAGCAGCUGACAGAUAAAAUGCGCUUACAGGACACCAAGAUCCAGAAGGACUUUGUGAUACAGGUCGUUAUUAGUCAGCCCAUUACUCUCAAGUGA